GCGGGGGCGGCGAGAGCGGCUACGAGGGCGGCGGCGGGAAGCACAGGAUCGACGAGUGGCAGGCCGCCUGGAACGUCACCAACGCCAUACAGGGAAUGUUCAUCGUGUCACUACCAUUCGCAGUGCUCCGUGGUGGCUACUGGGCAAUUGUUGCCAUGAUAGGCAUCGCAUAUAUCUGCUGCUACACGGGCAAGAUCCUGGUGGACUGCCUGUACGAGGACGGGGUGCGCGUGCGGGACUCCUACGUCUCAAUCGCGAGUGAGUGCUUUGGGCCCAAGUGGGGGGCACGAGCUGUCAAUGUGGCACAGAUCAUCGAGCUGCUGAUGACAUGCAUCCUGUAUGUGGUGGUCUGCGGCGACCUUAUGGUGGGCACCUUUCCUGAGGGUGCCAUCGACACGCGUAGCUGGAUGAUGCUGAUCGGCAUACUGCUCGUGCCGCUCGGCUUCCUCAAGUCUCUGCACCACGUCUCCAUGCUCAGCUUCUGGUGCACUAUGUCCCAUCUUGUUAUCAAUGCUGUCAUCCUCGGUUACUGCCUGCUGUACAUCGGAGACUGGGGAUGGUCCAAGGUCAAGUGGAGCAUUGACUUCGAAAACUUCCCCAUCUCCCUGGGUGUCAUCGUGUUCAGUUACACGUCACAGAUCUUCCUGCCAACACUUGAGGGCAACCUCAUAGACCCCUCCAAGUUCAACUGGAUGCUCAACUGGAGCCAUAUUGCUGCUGCCAUCUUCAAGUCCCUGUUUGGUUAUGUGUGCUUUCUGACCUUCCAGAAUAAUACGCAGCAGGUCAUCACCAAUAACUUACAUUCCCAGGGCUUCAAGGGCUUUGUUAACUUCUUUUUGGUGGUGAAGGCAGUGCUAUCUUACCCACUGCCAUACUAUGCUGCUUGUGAGCUCCUGGAACGUGCCUUCUUCCGCGGCCGACCCGAGACUCUGUUCCCGACCAUCUGGGCACUUGAUGGUGAACUCAAGGUUUGGGGCUUGGCCUUCCGUGUUGGUGUUGUCACCUUCACUAUUCUUAUGGCCAUCUCCAUUCCACACUUUGCCAUACUAAUGGGUUUCAUUGGCAGCUUCACAGGCACAAUGUUGUCUUUCAUCUGGCCAUGCUACUUCCAUCUGAAACUGAAGAGGCCGAUGCUAGACUGGGGUACAGUUGCCUAUGACUGCUUUGUCAUUUUCCUUGGGGUCCUCUUUGGUAUUAUUGGAGUAUAUGAUUCUGGCUCUGCUCUCAUCAAGGCCUUUGAAAUAGGCCUGCCAUUCUGAAGUUGUAGUGAGUCUGUCAGUAGCCAGCUAAAUGUGGUCUGCCGAAAAUAUUGUAUAAUAUAUUAUACAUAUAAAUAUGUAUAUGCACUAAUUUUAAUGUAUUUAAUUAACAAGUUGUAAUUUUAAUACAAAGCCUGAAAACAGGAGUCACUGAGUGCUGUUGACAAUAAUAAAGAUAUAUGUUGGGCUACCUGUGGAAUCUGACAUUUGGAAAGCAGAACUGAAGACACAAUAUUGUAAGCUGAAUGUGGCACAUUUUGUGUGUUGCUUUUUGCAUCUUAUCACAUUGAAGUGGAGACAUUCAACCCAAUUUGUUAAGGCAUACAAAAAAAAACCUGGGAGAAAUUUUGAUAAAACAUAAGAGAGCAAAUGUAGUAGUGAUUAAUAUUUUUCAUACUGCAUUUUACAGGUUAUGCUUCAUAUACGGGUUACCCACUAUUUCAUUUUCUUUUCCUGUGGAGCAAAAUGAAAAUAUAAUCCAUUGUUCCAAUUUAUGAACACCACAUUUUCAGCCAGAGUUAAAUUCAAUGAAAUUCUUCUGUGAAUAUAACUGCAUCACUACGCAAAUGGAAGAGGCACUUUUGAUACUGUUGCAGACAGCUUUCAUCAGAGUUAGUCUCUUGUAGCUGAGGCAUUGGUUUAAAUUUUAUCACGUCAUGUUCCCACAGCUAUGAAUUUACUUAACUACUAAUCCAACAUUAGUGCAUUUUCGAUAACACCUCUGCACUAUUUUCCAUCUAAGUCAAGAAAUUUACAAGGUCUGCCAUAGAUGGCAAAAUAAACUACAGUAUCCAUAACACAUGUUUUUGCUGAAGCAGGAAGACAAUACUCAGAAAUUACGUGCUUACAUGGUUAUUCACAGGAGAUGUUUAUUCGAAUGUGGACAUUUUUUUCAUGUUUCUCUCCACUUGCUCACUAUAUAUACCUCAAUUUUGAGCUCUAAGGGACAUAUUUCUUCUUUUCCAUAUUCCAUGUUCCUAAUUACAUCGACCAUACUUUCUCAUUUCUGUUUCUUUCUUGAAUAAGGUAGUUAAGUCUAUGCAGAUAACAAGUUAAAGAUCUAAAUCAUAUUUCAUAGAUCAGCCACCAGCUCUUUAUCUGUUGUCAUUGUGUGCACAUAAUUUACUUGAAGGGGAAACAGUAAGACAGCUCCAUGGAACAAUUUGUAUCUUUUCAAUUAAGCUGACUCCACAUUCACCUCCAUAUAUCUACAUGUUAUUUGCUUGUUUUUAUUCCAGCAGAGAUACAAUAUGACUGACUACAUACCUUGAAAAAGACUUACCAGAGAGAAAAGGAGAACAGAUUUCUAACUUCGCCAUUGUAUAAUUAUAUAAGUCUACUUUGCAAAUGUCAGAUUGCCAGUACAGGUCUUCAGUAUUAUCUCAAGUCUUCCAUUUUAUUAGCAGUUACGCUAUAAGUGACUAUUUAUGAUAAAUAAGUAGGUGAAUGUAUACAACUGCUUUGAUAAAAGAAUAUAUUAUAGCAUUUUAUGCAGGAAGCCAUUAUCUGAUGAACUGCGAUGAAAAAAAAAGUAAUACAAUUUCAAUAAUUGUGGCUAUUAGAUAACGGUUGGAGUGUUGUAUGGUUAUAUGCAUUUUUGGUGUAUAAUACCUUUUAAGAGUAUUUUUCAGAUGGACAAAAAACAUGCUGAUAACCUCGAGCAAACAAGGUGUGAUACAUUGAAGUAAAUGUCAUGCAAAAUAAUAAGAUAAUAUAGAUGUUCUUCGCAGUAUAAAUAAAAUAAAAACCAAGAUAUAAUGUGUUCAUUUUAGAAUGGUUUGGCUUCAGUUCUUUUGCAGAACAUAG